UGUCUUUGCUUCAAGAUCUGGGUAACAAAAUGUGACAAAAGAAUGUGGCGAUGCUGUAGGCGUAGUCGUAACCAUAACGAUGCACCUGUGGACGCAAUUAAAAAACGAAAUAUCCGGUAAGCUAUACAUCAACUAUGAUCAAACUUUGGAAACUUUUAUGUUAGGGACCUAUCUAUCAAAUGUUGCAAGUUUCAUGUGAAACUAUGUCUUCUACCUAAUACAAAUGAUGUGCGAAUUUUUUGUCAAAGCUUGUAAACAGGACUUUACUCAUGUUUAUUGCAACUUGGUGAUAAGCUGUUAGAUGUGUAGGUGUGAGUUGUAGGUAAAUGAACCCAUGAAUGGCAACAAAAAGGAUAAGCACGUCUGAUAUAUAAAUAUAGUCACAUUGAAUAACUUUUUAUACACAGGCUAUUUGUGACCCUUGAAAGGGUUGAAAUACUGUACAAGUCGUCAAACAAGUGGAACUCCGUAUUCACAGUGAACAUAAUUAAGUGAAUAGGGGCCUAGUACGUCAGUGACGGCAGCGCUGCGUCAAAUUUGGCAGCCCAAUAUAGUUGGAAUGGCAUUCUGCUAACAACUACCUCAGACAGAUGUAGACCAUACUCUACAUGCAGCAUAAGCUUUUGACACUAGCCAUCUUGGACCACAGAUUCAGGCAGACACUGUGGAAAUAUGAGUCGUGAUGUAGUUUCAAGGGUGGUGGAUCAUUUGCCUAAACCAUUCGUCAAGAUAAGAAGGCAGAAGUAUGAAGAUCUUGACGAAGCUACGCAGCCUCCCGCAGAUACAGCGGCAAGAACUGAAAGUGUGGAAUUUGAGGCUUUCCCACCCGAGGGAGAUGGAGGAGACCCUGGGGCACCCAAAGAAGAUACAUUCACAGUGGAGCAGGCAGUGGAUGCCAUUGGUUUUGGCAAAUUCCAGAUCAAGCUCUCUCUUCUCACAGGUCUAGCAUGGAUGUCUGAUGCCAUGGAGAUGAUGAUCCUCAGUAUCCUGGGGCCAGCAUUACACUGUGACUGGGAUCUGGAGGACUGGGAAAAAGCUCUCAUUACAACAAUUGUUUUUGUUGGUAUGAUGGUGAGCUCUGGGUUGUGGGGGACCAUAUGUGACAAAUAUGGAAGAAGGAUGGAGUUAAUUUUGAGCUCUGUGUUCACAUUCUACUAUGGCCUUGUCAGUUCCUUUUCUCCAGUGUACGUAUGGAUGCUUAUACUGCGUGGAUUGGUUGGAUUUGGAAUAGGAGGUGCUCCACAAUCUGUCACAUUGUAUGCAGAGUUCCUACCAUCAGCAUCCAGGGCAAAGUGUGUAGUACUUAUUGAGAUAUUUUGGGCCAUAGGUACCUGUUUUGAGGUCUUAUUGGCUCUAAUAGUGAUGCCAAACUUGGGAUGGAGAUGGCUCCUUGGAUUCUCUGCCCUGCCACUGCUCAUAUUUACAUUAGCAUGUGUGUGGCUACCAGAGAGUGCACGGUUCGAUAUGGCCAGAGGUCGCUCAGAUAAAGCCUUGGCUACACUUCAGAGGAUAGCCAAGGACAAUAAUAAGCCAAUGCCUCUGGGAAAGUUGGUUCACUCUGGACCCAGUAGUGUGGACCCAACACAGAUUAAAGCAAAAAGAGGAAGGCUUAAGGACCUUUUUACCCCAGAAAUGAGAGUUACAACUUUUAUGCUUUGGAUAAUAUGGUUUGCCAAUGCAUUUUCAUACUAUGGGAUAGUUCUACUGACCACUGAGCUGUUUGAGUCUGGGGAAACAUGCCAUGUAAGUGGAAAGUUAGAUGCCCCUAGCUGCUCCUUGGAGUGUAAAGUAUUGACCACAAAAGACUAUGUAGACCUAUUGUGGACAACCUUAGCAGAGUUUCCAGGUUUGAUUCUUACUGUGUUUAUAAUUGAUCCUCUGGGCAGGAAGAAAACAAUGGGCUUUGAGUUUUUAGUGUUUUCUCUCUUCACCUUCCUCAUCUGCACAUGCCCAACAAGGGGUUUGCUGAUAUUUUUCAUAUUUGUGGCAAGAGCAUUUAUAUCAGGUGCUUUCCAGGCAUGCUAUGUGUAUACUCCAGAGGUGUACCCCACCACCACCCGUGCAAUAGGGCUGGGCACCUGUAGUGCCAUGGCCAGAAUUGGUGCAAUUGUUACUCCCUUCGUAGCCCAGGUUUUAUUACGGACAUCAGUGUACUUAACUGCGUCUAUAUAUGGGGGAGUGUGUAUAGCAGCAGCAAUAGCCUCCUUUCUUUUACCCAUAGAAACAAAAGGAAGAGAAAUGAAGGAAUCUCAUGUAGAUACCACAGUUGAUGUUCUGCCUCCAGUUGUCCAUUAGCUAACAUCUUGCCAUCCUGACUCUCAGGAGGUAGAACCUCACCAUGUCAGCAGUCAUCAUUGAAAAGAAAGGGACAUUAUGUUUCAGCGACAUGUUUCCCAACAAAACCAAGUUUUUAGUUUUAAACUACAAAUGCUAAAUAAUAAUAACCAAAUGUACAUGGAGUGUACUUAAUAACAGUGGUCUAAAAUGGUUCCCAAAUGGAUAUAAGAAAUAUGCUAUACAUACCAAAUAAGCAUCUGGGAGUAAAAUUCAACUUAAAAAAAGUGGAAUUUGGUCUAAUGCGGUAAGCGACUUACCAGAUUCUUUGCGUAAUCCAACUUAUUCUGCUACGAUUCUUAGCAGGCUUAACUAACAACACCAGCCUUUGACAUCAGUUCUAUUAUUGCCAGCAGGGUUCAGGGUGCAGAUUCUAAAAGCACUGGGUAACUUUCAAAUGGUGGCUUAUAUCUGCUCUGUUGAGGGCACUGAUAGAUCCACUUGUCCGUUUUGGUCUACUAUUUCUCUUAACAUUUAUUUGGACCUACCUGUUCAAGCCAAUUUUGCUUAAGUUGUGGAAAAAAAUUAAUCUGCACCCUGUAGAUGGUAUAUGCUAGUUUAUUUUAUAAGAGGUGGGAUUCCUUGCUCCUGUGGUAUUUGCUGUAAGGCAACUUAGUUAUAUAGAUGUUUUUGUGUGGUAAUGAAAGAGUAAAGACUUGUUCUGAGCUGGGCUAAAGAUCAGAGAUGAAAGUGUACUGGAUUUAUCCAGAAAUCCAGAUAUAGGGUGUAUGUUUAAAAAAAAUUAUGAAAAAUCCCUCCAAUUCCAAUAUAGCAGGAAUAUAUAGCUGUAUUCCUUCAGCGCUUGCAUUUUCAAGAUUUGUUUUGAAAAGGUCCACUUUCAUCUCUGAUCAGUUGAUAUUGAAUAUGAAUGCCCUGUGCCAAAAAAAGGGGGAAAACAGUUAAAGUAUUUAUUUAUAAGUUUUUCAGUAGAAAUUGUUGUAUGUUGUUAUCUGUACUCAAAACCACUAAAUACUUUUAACUUCUAAUUCUUUGUCGUUUUUUCCUGAUCACACCAUUGAAAGAAAAUGGGGUCAUUAUUUCUAUAAGGUGAUGCAAAACCUUUUGCUGCCUUUUGAAUAUUGGUCCUCUUCAAGGUUUUGAUGUUUGGCGUGGACAGGCUAUCAUGGUGACUGUAAGGUAUCUUGUACCUAAUAAGCUAGUAUAUAUCAAAGAAACCAAGUUCUUGUUUAUUUUUACCUAAAAGUACAAUGGAGUGCCAUCUUUAUUUUUGCUCUGUUAAUUUUUUUCACUUCAGAGUACUUCUUGAAAGAUGACAUUCCACGUGGAUUUGUGUUAAA